AUGGUGCGGAAGAGGAGGCGGCAGGAGGAGGAUGUCAAGCCUUGGUGCUUUUACUGCGACCGGGAGUUCCAGGACGAGGCCACCCUCAUCACUCACCAGAAGAGCAAGCACUUCAAGUGCGAGACAUGUCACAAGCGUCUGGUGACGGUUCGGGCGCUCGCCGUGCACUCCUUGCAGGUGAUGAAGCCGUGGCAAGGGGGGGGUUGUCAGGGAGUGACUGUGGAGGGGUUGGGGGUCAAGCUGGAGCCCUGCUGCUCGCCGUGCUCCCCUGUCAAUGCCAGCACCGCAAUGGCAGACCUCCUCCGUGCCCCCCUAUAG